AUGUCGGAGCAACAAACCCAGCCACAACAAGCAUCAUCAUUGAAGCGAGGCUUGGUGAAACAAGUCCUAUGUGGUGAUGCUAUCGUUUUGCAGGGUCCACCAAUGAAUGGACCUCCGAAGGAGGUAACAGUUUAUUUGAGCAAUGUGAUUGCACCACGGCUGGCUAAAAGACCGACGGAUACUGAAUCCGGCAAGGAAGACGAGCCGUUUGCUUGGGAAUCAAGAGAAUUUCUGCGCAAAAAACUUAUUGGCCAGAAUGUUGUUUUUCGAUGCGAUUAUACGGCUACAUCAGGAAGAGAUCAUGGCCGGAUAUAUCUCGGUGGUACAAAUCUUGAAAAUUCGGAAAAUGUAACGGAGACAUGCGUAUCUGAAGGUUGGGUUGAAGUGAGACUAGGGCGUGUUACUGACGAAUAUAGCACAAAGCUAUUGGAGUUGCAAGAAGUUGCAAAAGCUGCGAAGAAAGGAAAAUGGGCAUUAGAGGAAGGAAACGCACAACAACAUGUGCGACAGGUGAAAUGGAUUAUAGAAAAUCCACGAGCUCUUGUUGAUACACUCAAGCAACAAAAGAUCAAAGCUAUUGUUGAGCAGGUACGAGAUGGUUCAACCAUCCGUGCCUUCUUAUUGCCUGAUUUCUAUUAUAUAACACUUAUGUUAUCAGGCAUUAAAGCACCAGCCAUACGUGCUGGAGCGGAUGGUCGAGCGGAAGACUAUGCUGAAGAAGCACGUUAUUUUGUAGAAUGUCGUUUGUUACAAAGAGAUGUAGAAAUUAUUCUGGAAGGUACUUCCAAUCAGAAUUUUGUUGGUUCCGUCAUACAUCCCAAAGGAAAUAUCGCUGAGCUGUUGCUUAAAGAAGGUUUUGCAAAAUGUGUCGAUUGGUCGAUUGCUUUGGCCACAUCAGGACCAGAAGUACUACGUGCAGCAGAAAAGAUAGCGAAAGAGAAAAGACUUCGUUUUUGGCGUGCUUAUCAACCUCCUAAUCAGUUGGAUAUCGACAAGAAAUCAUUUACCGCAAAAGUGAUUGAAAUUGUGAUGGGUGAUGCACUUGUUGUGCAAAAAGAAAAUGGUGAUGAAAUGAAGAUCUGGCUGUCUUCCGUAAGACCACCAAGGGAGGACAAUCGAGACACAGAAAACAAGAUUGGUCGACAGUUUCGACCAUUGUACGACAUUCCUUAUCUAUUUGAAGCUCGUGAAUUUUUACGUAAACGAUUGGUGGGCAAGAAAGUUCAGGUUACUAUUGAUUACGUACAAGGCAAAACAGAACAGUUCCCGGAGAAAAUUUGUUGCACCGUUAUGUCAGGAGGACUGAAUGUUGCCGAAGCGCUUGUUUCGAAGGGCCUGGCGAAGGUAAUACGAUACAGAAGUGAUGAUGACAAUAGAUCUUCCCAAUACGAUGCUUUAUUAGCUGCUGAAGCAAAAGCAGAAAAGAGCAAAAAGGGUCUAUUUGCCGACAAGGAACUGGGUGAUAAAGGCCCAGUUUUGAGGAUUCAAGAAUUGCAAGGAGACGCGCAGCGGUCGAAACAGUUCUUGCCUUAUUUACAAAGAUCGGGUCGAUCAGAGGGUAUUGUAGAAUUUAUCGCAUCUGGUAGUCGAGUACGCCUAUAUGUGCCUAAAGAAACGUGCCUUAUAACCUUUCUGUUUUCUGGUAUUGAUUGUCCCCGUGGUGCUCGUAUUGGUCCAGGUGGUAAAUUGAUUGGUGAAAAUGAACCGUUUGCCGAGGAAGCUGCUAAAUUUACACGUUCAAAAAUUAUGCAGCGUGAGGUAGAAGUAGAAGUGGAAGGUAUGGACAAGUCAGGAAGUUUCAUUGGCUAUAUGUUUGUACAAACUGAACAGGGUCUUUGUAACAUGAGUAUAGCGUUAGUAGAAAAUGGUCUAGCAAGUGUGCAUUUUACAGCUGAAAAAGGUGCAUAUUACUCUCAGCUUUGUGUUGCGGAAGAAAAAGCUAAGAAGGCAAAAUUAGGAAUAUGGGUGAAAUGGGUUGAUGAAGAAGCCAUUGUGCAAGCUGAAAUUGCUUCAGCAGAUGAGAAGAUGGAGCGUACAAUAAAUUAUCGGAAAGUAGUUGUUACCGAUGUGCAGAGAGGGAAUUUCAAAUUUGCUGCUCAAUCAGUGGAUGAUGGUCCAAAACUUGAAAAAAUGAUGAAAGAGUUACGUGAAGAGUUGAGGAAGAAACCACCAGUAGUUGGCGCAUAUGUACCACGACGUGGAGAUUUGUGCGUUGCACGGUUUUCUGCUGAUAAAUUAUGGUAUCGAGCGCGUGUUGAAGGAAUAAAAGGAAAAAGCAUCGAUAUUUUAUAUAUCGACUUUGGAAAUAGAGAAGUUGUUGACGUUACAUCAAUGGCUGCUUUACCAGCUGGUUAUGCAACACAACCAGCAGGUGCACGUGAAUACCAAAUGGCUUUCUUGCAAAUGCCUAACGAUGUUGACCAUGCGAAUAACUCGAAUAUAGCAUUUGAGCAAAUUCUAUUCUCAGUACCAUUCAUGUUUAUAAACAUUGAAUAUCGGAAUGGGGGAAUAGAAAACGUCACAGCAAUCAUUGAAACAUCUGAUGGUACGCGUACUGACGUUGCGAAAACACUUAUUGCAGAAGGACAUGCUCUGACAGAACAGAAACGAGAAAAAAGAUUCGCUUCAUUGAUUGCAGAAUAUCAAGAAACCGAGAAGAUUGCACGCCGUGAGCAUCGUAACAUUUGGGAAUAUGGUGAUUUUACCGGCAAUGAAUUAUAG